GCGCCGGAAGUACCUCGGGGACUGCCGGAAGUAUCUCCGUGACUACCGGAAGUGCCGCUCUGCGCCGCGCCAUGGCUGGGAGAAGGCGAUUUAUUUAGGACUCUUGCCCCUUCUAUCCCAAUGGCACACAUCACCAUAAAUCAGUAUUUGCAACAAGUGCAAGAAGCUAUUGACAGCAGAGAUGGACAGUUUUGUGCAGAAUUGGUAUCAUUUAAACAUCCACAUGUGGCAAACCCAAGGCUUCAGCUUCCAUCUCCAGAGGAAAAGUGUCAACAAGUUUUGGAACCACCAUAUGAUGAAAUGUUUGCAGCCCACUUAAGAUGUACUUACGCUGUUGGAAACCAUGACUUUAUAGAGGCGUACAAAUGCCAAACCGUUAUUGUCCAAUCUUUCCUGCGAGCAUUUCAGGCACAUAAAGAAGAAAAUUGGGCUUUACCUAUUAUGUAUGCUGUAGCCCUUGAUCUUCGAAUUUUUGCUAAUAACGCAGAUCAACAGCUGGUAAAGAGGGGGAAAAGCAAAGUUGGCGACAUGCUAGAAAAAGCAGCAGAACUGCUGAUGAGCUGUUUUCGAGUCUGUGCCAGUGACACUCGAGCAGGCAUUGAAGAUUCCAAAAAGUGGGGCAUGUUGUUUCUCGUGAAUCAGCUGUUCAAAAUUUAUUUUAAGAUCAAUAAGCUCCAUCUAUGUAAACCCUUAAUUAGAGCAAUUGACAGUUCAAACCUGAAGGAUGAGUAUAGCAUGGCACAGCGAGUUACAUACCGAUACUACGUUGGACGCAAAGCCAUGUUUGACAGCGACUUUAAGCAAGCUGAAGAGUAUCUGUCAUUUGCUUUUGAGCACUGUCACCGUUCAAGCCAGAAAAACAAAAGAAUGAUUUUGAUCUACCUGCUGCCAGUAAAAAUGUUGUUGGGCCAUAUGCCAACUGUUCAGCUCUUAAAAAAGUACGACCUUAUGCAGUUUGCUGAAGUAACAAAGGCUGUGAGUGAAGGCAAUCUUCUCCUACUGAAUGAAGCUCUGACCAAGCAUGAGACCUUCUUCAUUCGGUGUGGAAUCUUUCUUAUCCUCGAGAAGCUGAAAAUCAUCACAUACAGAAAUCUCUUUAAGAAAGUAUAUUUACUACUCAAAACACAUCAGUUAUCCCUAGAUGCCUUUCUUUUUGCUCUGAAAUUCAUGCAAGUAGAUGAUGUUGACAUUGACGAAGUCCAGUGCAUUUUAGCUAAUCUUAUAUAUAUGGGUCAUAUUAAAGGCUAUAUAUCUCAUCAGCAUCAAAAACUUGUGGUCAGUAAGCAGAACCCAUUUCCUCCUCUGUCAACGGUGUGUUGAGUAUUGUGUCUUACCCAUGCAAGAACAGAUAUGCAACUUGCCCAGUGGAGCUGCUCCUCAUCAGCCAGAGAACAUUAUAAAUACCUGGUUCAUAUCCAAGGCUGGAAUACCAGGAACUGUGUGUGGCUCCUUUCCCAGAAUGACCAAGGCUGUCGGUGUAACAAAAUGCAUCAACUACUUUUCAGUAGUGGUUUCUGAAGGUUUCCUAGAUCAUUAAGAGUAUCUCCUGAGGAAAUAAAAGCAAAGCAUUCCAAAGAUCUUCCAAAGUACUUAAAAGCUUUUACGAAGUACUUCAUGUUACUAUUUCUACUUUUAUCCUUUGGAAAAUAAAUGAAUUACAUGUGGUAAUCCAUUA